AUGAGAAGGAGUAAAGGGGAUUUAUUUCAACAAUCAAAUAAUCCAUAUCAACAACCUACUACACAUUCAUCAAUAUAUAAUAAUAAUAAUAAUAUUAAUAAUAGUCUGAAUAACAGUAAUACCAAUAGUAACAAUAAUUCUCAAAACCAAUUAAAUUCACGUAUAAAUGAUGAAUUAAAUAGAUCACAACCUUAUGCAUCAAUUAAUACUGAUCAAUCACAACCAUACCCAGUACAACAACUACAACAACUACAACAACAACAACAACAACAACAACAACAACAACAACAAUCAAAACAGUCUGAUCCAAAAAGAAAAUCAUCGGGAUCAAUUUUCAGUAUAAGACGACAUAGAGAUAAAGAUAAAAAUCAAUUAAAUUCUCAUAAUAAUCAAAUAAAUGAAAGUUUAUCUGAUCUUUCUUCAAAUGAUUCUGCAAGUAUAUUAUCAUCAGGUACUCAAAAAUCUCAACAUAGUAAACGACUGAAUCAACUACCGCAACAACCACCACCACCACCACAACAACAUUAUCAGCAUUAUCCAACAAAUUCUUCACAACAAUCUGUAUUAUUACUGCAACAAAGUCUACCUCAACAACCACCACCUCAAUUUCCACCUCCAAGAACUUCAUCAAUUCCAACUCAAGUAAUACCUUCCCCAAAUAAUAGAAAGUCAUCUACUUAUAGCAUAGCAACAAUUGGACAAGAUAAUAAAACUCCAUAUAAUCCUUAUGAUACACCGACUCAAUUAUCUCGUCAACAAUCUAAUUAUAAUACCCCUUCGACAAAUAGUUUAAGUCGUAAAUCAACUAAUUUAUCAAUCAAUUCAUUGACCAAAUCCAGUAAUGCUAAUAAUAGACUGUCUUUAGAUCGUCAACAACCAUCUAAAACAGAGCGACCUUCCGCGUUUGAAGUUGAUAAAAUGUUUAGAGAAUUUUUGGAAAAAAUAAAUUCAAAAUCUUUCCCACCUUCAGCAAUAAGAGAUAUGUUAAAUUAUGACACAGAUAGGAAAUGGAUGAUGAUCGAACAAGAUCAAAGAGCAGAUCAUGAAAGACUGGUUCGAAAUGUCGUAAAUAAUAAUUCUGAUGUUCCUGAAACUUAUGCAAGAUUAUUAAUGUCAAAGACUAUUACAACAUCACAAUUAAAUAAUUUAUGGGUACAAUUAAGAAGUGAACCUAUUGAUUGGGUUAGAACAUUUGUAUAUGAUUGUCAAGGUGAUGCAUUAUUAUCUUCUUAUUUACAAAAAUUACAUGAUGAAAUGAGGGAGCAUAACAUAAAUUCUAUUGAGGACGAAAUGUUUGAUAAAGAACAUUAUAUAAUGAGAAGUAUGAAAUGUGUAAUGAAUCAAAAGUUAGGAGCUGAAAGAGUCAGAACAGAUGUUGAUUUAUUUGUAAAUGCAGUUAGUGGAUGUUUGUUAUCACCAAGAUUAAUUACAAGAAAAUUAGCAACUGAUGCAUUAACUUUCAUUGUAUCCUAUAAUACUGAUGAUAUUGGUAGAUAUCACAAAGUUUUGAAAGCAUUAGAUUCAUUGAAUGAUAGAGAUCGAUAUGAUUUUGAAGAUUAUGAUGAAAAUAAUAGACAUAGAAAAAGACAUUUAAUACGGAAACCUCCUCCGGCAGCUGGUCAUAAACGAUUUGAAGUAUGGUUGAAUUUGGUUGAAAGAACCGUUGAUGGUAUUGGUAAAUUUAAUUCAAAUGUUGGGGAAAGAGAAGAAAUUAAAUCUCAAUAUGUUGGAACAAAUUCGAAAGAAAAUUAUUUUCCUGAUUAUUGUGGAGCUACUUUAUUGUUAGUGAAUGUUAUAGUUGAAAAUGCAGUUGAUUUCAGAGCCAAAAUGAAUUUACGUGCUCAAUUACAAGCAGCUGGUUUAAAUAGAUUAUUUGAAAAAUUCCAAAAUCUACAACAACAAGAAUUAAAUAUCUUGAUACAAAGAUAUAGAGCUCUUGCAAGAGAUGAUGAAGAAGAAAUGAGAUAUGUCUCUGAUUUCGAUGGUAAUAUGGAUUUCAACGAUCCCGUUGAUUUAAUUAGAUCAUUAUGGAAAAAUUUCAAAGAUUCAGAUAAUCAAGAUCAUUUUCUUAGUACUAUGCAACAUUUAUACCUAAUACAAACUGAGAAAAAGAACAAUCAAAAUGAAUUAGGACAAAGUCUUAGGAUUCUUGAUAAUAUAAUCCAGAAUUUAUCAACUUCACAAACUAGUGAUGAAAAUACAGCAAUAAAUAUAGCUAUAAAUAAAUUAUAUUCAAGUAUGAGUACGGAUGAUCAAUAUAGAAGAGCAUUAGAAGAAGUCAAGUAUUAUAGAAAAGUAGCAGAAGAAGCAACAGCUGAACGUGAUGAAGUCUCCAAACAAAUGUCCUUAGGAGCAGAGGGAUUAAUAUCAAGUUUAAGUAGUGAUAUUAAAGAACGUGAUAUAGUCAUUUCAAGAUUUAGAAGAACUAAUGAUGACAUGAAACAAGAAAUGGAAGAAUUGAAAACCAAAUAUAUGAAAGAAAAACAAGAGCUGGAAUUAGAAAUGAGAGAAUUAUUGAUUUUGUUAGAUAGUAAUGAUAUUGCUACUAGCAAAUCUAAAAAGGGUAAAACUACAACUGUUUCAUUGACUACAUCUAAUGUUGAAUUAGCACAAAGAUUGAAGAAACAAAUACAUAGAAGAAGAGCUGAAGCAAGAUUGGACAACAAGCAAUUAGGAACUCAAGUUGAACCACUGAAAAGAUUGAGAGCAUUAAGAGAUCAAAUGGGUGACAUUGAAAAUAUGGCAAGAGAGUUAGAAAUGACAGAAUUUGAAAAUUAUGUUGAGCCAAUUGAAGAAUUACCAUCAGAACCUGAAGUUAUUGAAAGUGAAACAGAAUCUGAAGAAAUUGAGGAAUCUGAAUCAGAUCAAGAAAUUGAAAUACCUCCAUCACCACCAAUGACCAAUAAACGUGGAAUUAGAAAUGAUGAUUUAUCAAAAUUAGAUAAUCUUCGUAAGAAAUUGGCAAAUUUACAAACCGAUUCAAAUGAAAUUGUAAAAUUCAACACUAGUUCAAUGUUUAAUAAACAAAAAUUCAUGGCUAUAGAAAGAUUGCAUGAAUUAGAAAAUAAUUUCAAAGAUUUCAAUAUUGAUUUUUCAAUCCAAGAUGAAGAUGAUUAUUCUACAAUGGGAGUUGAUGAUCAUAUCAAGGAUAAAACAAAAGAAGUAUUAGAUGAAGUUGAAAGAUUAAGAAAUGAAUUGAGAAAACAAUUAGCUGCAAAGAAUAAAUCGAAAUCAACAACCACACCAAAAAGACAAUCUGUUUUGGAGAGAAUUGAAAAUAAAUAUACUAAAGGUCAAGUACAACAAUCACCAGCUGAUGUAUCAUCUUCGAGAGAAACCAAAAAAAUCAAUAGAAGAACAAAUCUUAAUUCUAUGGAUCCGAAAUUUUUACAAGAACUCAGCAAUAAAGUUGGUAAAGCUGAACCUAUUGAUGCUUCAAAGAUUGAAACAAAUGGUAAAAAGGAAGUAGAAGAAGUGCCACUUGAAAAGAAAGAAGAACAAGUAGAGGAAAUUCAAGAUUCUCCUGUUAAAACCACAUUACCACCACCCCCACCACCUCCACUUCCACCUAUUUUUGGUGGAUCAUCAGCUCCUCCACCACCUCCGCCACCAAUGCCAUCUAUGUUGGGUGGAGAAUCAAAAUCUAUUCCAGCUCCUCCACCACCACCUCCAAAUUUCUUGAAUGGUUCCUCAGGACCUCCAGGACCACCACCACCACCACCAUUUCCAAAUGGUCAAGCAAACAAAUACAGACAAACAGAAAUAGCUUUAUCACCAGUUCUCAAUUCAAGUGUUGAUCAUUUACCAAGACCAAAGAAAAAAUUAAAACAAAUUCAUUGGGAAAAAAUUGAUUAUAAUGAAGUUGAAAAUUCAUUUUGGAAACAGCCUUCUACAAAUACUAUUGCCAAUGAAUUAAUGUCUAAGGGUAUAUUUGACGAAAUUGAAGUAAUCUUUGCCGCUAAAGAAAUCAAAAGGUUAGCAACUAAGAAGAAAGCAGACCUAGAUAAAGUUACAUUCUUGAAUAGAGAUGUUGCUCAACAAUUUAGUAUUAAUUUGCAUUCAUUUAGUUCAUUAACUGACGAAGAAUUAGUUGCAAAAGUGUUAAGAUGUGACAAGGAUCUUAUACAAAAUCAUGCGGUCUUAGAGUUUUUCAGUAAAGAUGAAAUAACAGAUAUUACAAAUUCUGCUGUCCGUAAUUAUGAACCAUAUUCAACUGAUUAUAAAACAGAUGAAAUUAGUAAACCAGAUAAAGAUCCGUCUGAAUUGCAAAGACCUGAUAGGAUAUAUUUGGAGUUGAUGUAUAAUUUACAACAUUAUUGGAAGUCAAGAAAUAGAGCAUUAACUAUAGUUGCCAACUAUGAAAAAGACUAUGAAGAUUUAGUACACAAAUUAAGAGCAAUUGAUGAUUCAGUUGAUAGUAUUAAGAAUUCACAACAUUUGAAAGGUGUUUUUGAGAUUAUUUUAACCGUUGGUAAUUAUAUGAAUGAUUCAACAAAGCAAGCAAAAGGUUUUAAAUUAAAUUCAUUACAAAGAUUAAGUUUUAUGAAAGAUGAGAAAAACAGUAUGACAUUUUUACAUUAUGUUGAAAAAGUUAUCAGAACUCAAUAUCCAGAAUUUUUACAGUUUUUAGAGGAAUUAUCAAAUUGUAAUGAAGUUGCAAAAUAUUCAAUUGAAAAUAUUUAUAAUGAUUGUAAAGAAUAUGUACAAAGUAUUAAGAAUGUUCAAAGUUCAGUUGAUGUUGGUAAUCUUUCAGAUAUUUCAAAAUUCCAUCCACUGGAUCGUAUAUUAAAAGUAUUAUUACCAUCAUUACCAAAAGCUAGCAGGAAAGCAGGACUUUUAUUAGAUCAAGCUGAUUUCACAAUAAAACAAUUUGAAAAUUUGAUGAUUUAUUUUGGAGAAGAUCCACAGGAUCAAUUUGUUAAAAAUUCAUUCAUUAGUAAAUUUACAAAUUUCAUGAAAGAUUUCAAGAGAGUACAACAAGAGAAUAUGAAAAGAGAAGAAGAAAUUAGAAUUUAUGAACAAAGGAAAAAACUAUUGGAAGCUCCUAAAUCUACAACUCCAACUAAAUCAACCAACUCUGGUGAAGAUAAUGAAGAAAAUGAAGGUGUAAUGGAUUCAUUAUUGGAAAAAUUAAAAGCUGCUGGACCUGCUAAAGGUGAACCUACAUCAGCAAGAAAGAAAGCAUUAAUGAGACGUCAAAUUUUGGAGAAUCAAAGAAAAUUCAAUAGUAGUAAUAAUAUUCAUACAACAAAUAGUAAUGAAUCUCAUCACGAAUUAUCACCAUCUAAAAAUAAAUCAACUGAUGAAUUCACUGGUUUUGAUGAAAAUGCUGUUUCAACAAUAGAUGAUAGUAAUUUUAGUUCUCAAAAACUUGAUUCUGAAAAUUUGGAGGAGGAAUCAUCUAAUAAUGAUGAGCCCAAAAUUGGUGCGAGAGCAAGAAAUUUAUUGCAAGAAUUACGUGGAGCAAAUGAUGAAAAUUCAGAUGAUGAAACCAGUACAAAUAAUAAUAGUAAUAAUGAAGAAUCCGCUACGUUAACUGCUGCACAAAAAUAUAGACAAGAAAGGUUAAAGAAAAAAGGAAUCUCUACAAAUAAUACAGGUAAUAGUAAUAAUAGUGAUUUGGUAGAAUAA